UCUCCGCUGCUCCGACAGAGUUGAUGAUCAGUGUCCCGGAUACCUGAUGGUUGGAUGGAUAGAUGUUCGGACGAUCGAUGGCCUGAUCAAUCAAAGGGCCCGCGCGGACUCACAGUCAGGAGACGCACGCGCGCACACACGCACACACCUGUUCAGUAUUGAUUAUUGCUUAAUGAGCGGCUGAUAUUGUCUGAGUGGAGGACAGCGCGCCUCCACUUUCUUCAUCCAUCCAUCACCUCCUCCGGGAUGAAGACUCCUCUCAGCCCCUCACAGUUCCUGGAGCGGGGCCAAACCUUUGCUUUUGGAGGGAUGUGUCAAGAGCUGAUGGACCCCCCAACACCUACAACCAUCAGUCUCUCUGUCCAGCAGACUCCAUCCCCAGGUGAUCGACAAGUUCCAGCACCAAUGCUCGGUCAGGGUGUGGCCUACUCACUGUGUGAGGUGUGUAACCUGCAGCUGGCUUCUUCUGCUCAGGCCCAGCUGCACUACAAUGGCAGGUCUCACCUGCGGAGAGUGAGGCAGCUCCAGGACCCCCCCCCCCCCCCCCCAACUCUGUCUGCCCCCAGCAGCAGCAGCUCCAUAUGUUCCUUGUGUUGUUAUUGUAGAGCAAAUCAGCUGCUCAGGUCUCCAGGGUUAAUUGGCGCCACUGGUCCCUCUGUGAUGAUGAAACCAUUCCUGACGUUUCCUGUCGAGACGACGUCGCCAGUCGGCCUUUUUCCUAACUUCAACACGAUGGACCCGGUGCAGAAGGCCGUCAUAAACCACACCUUUGGUGUUACUUUGGUACCCAAGAAGAAACAGGUCAUCUCAUGCAAUGUCUGCCAGUUGAGGUUUAACUCUGAUUCUCAGGCAGAAGCUCAUUUCAGAGGCAGUCGUCACGCCAAGAAAGUCAAGUCUCAAGAGAACAAGACCAAGGCCAAGCUGUCGAUCACUGGAGAGACCAAUGGGAGCAUCACAAGUCCUGUUUGCCCCGCCCCUCCCGUCUCAGCGAGCAGCAGCGCCAAUCAGCACACAGGCCUCUUCUCCACUUCUUCCUCCUCUCCCUCUUCCUCCAAAGCCUCUCAGCUUCCCCCUCCUCCAGCGCCUGUCACCUCCUCUUCAUCAGCUCCUCCUCCUCCUUCCCAGGCGUCCUCCCAGGAUGCUCCUCUCUCAGUGGAGUCGGAGGAGGAGAAGGCAAAGAAGCUGCUGUACUGCUCUCUGUGUAAAGUCGCCGUCAACUCUCUGUCUCAGCUGGAGGCUCAUAAUGCAGGUUCAAAGCACAAGACGAUGCUGGAGGCUCGGAGCGGCGCCGGGCCGAUCAAGGCCUACCCCCGAGCCGGAACCAGGCUGAAGAACGCCGGCGGCUCUGCACUGAAGGGCUCCGGCCUGCAGAACAAAACCUUCCAUUGCCAGAUCUGUGACGUCCACGUCAACUCCGAGGUCCAACUCAAACAGCACAUCUCCAGCAGGAGGCACAAGGACAGAGUGGCAGGAAAACCCAGCAAACCCAAAUACAGCCCUUAUAACAAACAGCAGCGCAGCUCGCUCACUGUAAGUCUCUCUCUCUCCCUCCAGAAGGAAAUGGUGAAUCCCUCCCUCUCUUCGUCCUUCCUCUCUACGCCCUUUGCUCCUCCGCCCUGCUCCCUCACUUCCACCAUGUCGCUUCCUCCCGCCUCUCUCUCCUCCCCGCCCCUCCUCACUCGCACCUCCUCACCGCUCACCCAAACCAUCUCUCUCUGUCCUCGCCCUCCAACCUCCUCGUCCCUCUUCACCACCUCCUUCCUGCGUCCGGCUCCUGGACCAAUCAGAGCGAGCCAAGGGUCGUUUCUCUUCGCACCCUACUGAUGGCAGCGUCGGCGGUGGGGAGUCGACCCUGGCGACCUUUCACUUCUGACCUCCAGUUUGUAUGCAGGGAGUCAAACCUGCAACCUCCUCCCCUGACUGAGGCAUCAGAAGAAGACUUGAGAGGACAGAACCUUCACCCGUGGAUCUCCUUCUCGGGUCUGAAACUUCACAGCUGACCUCACAGCCAGAACAGACGUUUCACACACAGAUUCACCUCAUUUAACACAUCCAAUAAUUAAAACAUUCAACAUGUGCAUGGAAACAUAGAGAAUAUUUAUAUAUUUUACUUUCUUUGACGUUACCCCAAAGUACC